UCGAUAUACAGUGUGGGUAUUGAAGUGUACCUAGCUUCCCAUUCACCGCUAAUGGCCUCGUAUAAAACUACACAUCCCAUGAUGCUGGUCAUUUAGGAAGCUUCAGCCCCCUUCUUAUCACAUGACUUUCGAUAGUCGGACUUGGUAGACAAAACUAUAGACGCUACUGUAAAUUUGGGUUUAUUGCAGAAACGUAUCAGUAUAUUUUUCAGUCCAGGGCAAAAUGAAGUUGGGUUAUUUGGUAACGGUGUUGUGUCUUGGUGUCGGUGUUAUGGCAGGAAAGUAUUCUCGAGAAAUGAAUGACCAGAUUAACAGUAAACCAUCCAUAGACGGAAAGAACACAGUGGAAUUCAGGAUAGCUAAACUCAACCAGGUGUGGGAGAAAGCAAUCAGGAUGCAGUUGCCCCCAGUGCGCCAGGCCGAGCUGCACAGCGAUCUGAAGAUACAGGAGAAAGAUGAACUUCAGUGGAAGAAAAUCAAGGCAGAAGGGAUGGACGAGAACGGAGAGAGGGAAGCUAAGCUACGUCGCAGCUUUAACGUGAUCCUGGCUAAGUAUGGGAUGGAUGGGAAGAAAGACACCAGGUCUCUGGAGUCUAACAACCUGAAGGACCAUGACAGGACAGACGAAGACGGGUUUGACGAUCCCAGACUGGACAAACUGUGGAACAAGGCCAAGACUUCUGGAAAGUUCUCUGAGGAAGAGAUGGCCAGCCUGAAGAGAGAGUUUCAACACCACAAAGACAAGAUCAGAGAGUACAAUAUCGUCAUGGAUACUGUCAGCCGCACAGAAGAGAUUCAUAAGAAUGUCAUCACACAGCUGGAAGGAGAGGUGAAGGAACAUGUCCUCCAUCAGAAACACACAGACUUGAAGGACAAGAUGAGAGAUCUGAACCAGGGCUUUGAACGUCUGAGGAAACUGAGCCAUGAAGGGUUCAGUGAGGACAGUGAGUUUAGGGAGCCCAGGGUAAUCGAGCUUUGGGAGACUGCCCGGAGAUCCAACCUGACAGAUGAUGAACUGGACUCACUCAAGGAGGAGCUGAAACACUUUGAGACUAAGGUGGAGAAACACAGCCACUAUCAGGAGCAGUUGGAGCUGUCCCAUCAGAAGCUGAGGCACGUUGAGGCACUGGGAGAUGAAGAGCACAUCCUGAGGAACAAGGAGAAAUACAACAACCUGGCUGAAAAGACCAGGGAGAUGGGAUAUAAGAUGAAGAAACACAUGCAGGAUUUAACCAGUAAGAUCUCACGCAACGGCCUGGACCGUAACGAACUGUAAGGGCUCCUCUCAUCAGGCUCUACGACGCGCUCCUCUGCUCAGAUCACAGCGUGUGGAUCGCCAUCUCACCUGUCAGCCAACCACACAGCCUAUCGACCAAUGACGUGAGUCUUUGGUUGCUAAGAGCGACUUCUGAGCGGCGGAAUGCGACCUUGUGCUGGAUGAACAAGGACAGAUGAUACCUGCGCAACUAUACUAAACUACCAUGGCAACACGGAAAACCCUGAAGUAAAACGAGGUCCUGGUCAAGACAGCCAUGACUGGAGGUCCUUUCCACACGAAGGCCAUUUUCCUCAAAACGUUAAGAUGACUAAUUUCUUGGCUACAAUAUUCCUGAGUGUGGAGUUAUUGGUUUUAAGACCAACUGAUCUGAUAGUACUACUGAAAAAUGCAGUGUAAAUAUCAGCAAUGAUUGAUUUAAUUCUGAAGAUUUACUCAUACCUGCUGUUUGUAAAUAAGUGUACAGGCCUGUACGUUAAUGGUUUCAUCCAAUUACAGUGUAUUUUAUCAUG